AUGCCGUCCACGGCGGGCGGUCCCAACGCGCCACGCGACCCGCGACGGGAUCCUGCGUUCCGCGCAGAGUGCCGCGCCAACAUCGACCAGUUCCUUUACUCGCACGGCCUGCCGCCUCUGUCGAGCAAGACCAAGGAUCCGAUCCAGAAGGAGAUUGAGGCAACGUUCCGCGCCCUCUCAGAGAUACUCGUCGGCCCGACCACGCGUGGCAAAAAGUUUGAGGACGACUGCACGGCCAUGCUCCGCGACCUCAAGUGCCCGUAUCUCGACUUUUUGUCAAAGUCGGCCAUUGCGGUCGCGGGCUCGGAAAAGUACUGGCCGCUGAUGCUGGCGACGCUUAGCUGGAUGGUCGACCUCUGCAAGGCAUCCGAAGAGACAUGGCAUGUGGCGGAGACAGAAGACCCGCUGUUUAUCCCGCCUUCAGAGCUCCCUGUCGACUAUGAGCGCAUCGAGGAUCUGCUGCUUUGGGACUACUGCUCGCAGGCGUACACCAAGUGGUGCCGCGAGGAGGAGUGGCCCGAGGCGGACCAACAGCUGCGGGAGGCUUAUGGCAAGUACGUCGACGAGUGCGACCGGCUCCAACUACAAAUCGGCAAGCGGCAGGCAGAGCUCGACGCACUCCAGACUCAGCAGUCAAAGCUCGUAGCCGCCGAGGAACACUACCAGAGCCUCGUGUCCGACCGCGCCAAGUUUAUCGACCAGACCGAGCUCCAUGAGAAGAAGAUUGCCAGCGACGAGCGCAAGAUUCAAGAGGCACAGACCCGGCUUCAGCAGUUUAGUGAGUUUCCGGGCCAAUGCGAGCUAACCUCUUCAGAACAACGACUCGAAGCCGUGCAGGGAGAGCUUGCCGAGGCCCGGGCUGCCGUUGCGGCUCAAAACUUGUCCCCGGAGGAGGCGACGCGCAUGAACACUGAACAGGAGCACCUCCGAAAGACGCUCGAAAAGUUCCACAUUAGCAUCAAGGAGGUCUCUGACAAUGUCGACAACAAGGAAUUUGAGCUCACGCGCGCCAUGGACAAGUUUGCCGACGAGAUUGACAAGUACAACACGCUUGGCAGCCGCAUCGGCAUCAUCCACUCGGACAGCGACCAGCACACGACAAACCUCCAGAUCUCGCUGGAUCUUUCGACACUUGGCCCCGCCGAGCUGCGAGAGGAGGCGCGCCGGCAAAUGGACGCGAUCCUUCCCGCCUUGCAGGGCCUCUACCAGGCGGUGCACCGGCAGGCUGCCGAGCGGCGAGCAGAGGCGGGCGAGUUGCGAGAGCAGCACGAGACCCUCUCACAGGACAUGGAUCCACGGCGAGAGGAGGUAGCUGGGCUCGAGGACCGGCUCGCGCGUGUGCAAAAGCAGGUCGAUGACGCCAAGGCUCAACUCCAAACAGAGACUGCCGACGCCAACCACAACAUUGCAAAGCUCGAGGCCGAGGUGUCCAACGUGGUCAAGGAGACGCAGCAGGGUAUCUUUGCCGCGCAAUCACAGCUCGACAGUGUCACUAUAGAGUUCCGCGAGUUCCAGCACCAGACAAUCGAAGUGCGGCAACGAAUCGUCGCGCAGCUCAUGGACCACAUUGCCAAGCUCGUCAAAGCACGCGAGCACACUAUCGAGGCGCUCAAGGGCGUGCGCACGUUUGCCGAGACGCAGUGA